CAGUAACUACCUAAAAACACUUGUCUUCUUCUCCUGUCGGACACCUCUCUCUCUCUAACGGACUCGUCUCUUUUUGUCUUCAGUUUCAGUUUCAAUUGUAUUUUUCAGUGUGUUGACCAGCUUCAUGGUAAUCGAUUCAUCAUGUUACAAAAGAAGAUAAUCUUUACCACCCUCGUCUCUCUUGCUCUGACCCUUUCCGUUUCUGUUUCUGCCUCUGCCGACCUCGAUGACUCUCUCCCUUUUCUCUGGCCUUUGCCCGCACAAUUUACCUCCGGAAACGAUACCGUCUCCGUGGACCCCGCCCUCUCGUUGUCUGUCUCCGGAAAUGGGGGCCACUCUACAAUUGUUAGAGAAGCGUUUGAUAGAUACAGAAAGAUCAUUUUCAAGCACAGUUUCAAUGGUUUUUCUGUGUUUAGAGGAAUAAGAUCGGGUUUUGAUAUUGGGAAAUUGAACGUUGUUGUUCACUCUGAGAGUGAAGAGCUGCAACUGGGUGUGGAUGAGAGUUACAGUUUGUUGGUGGCAAAGAAUGAUGGACGGUCAAUUAUUGGUGAGGCAACAAUUGAGGCGAAUACUGUUUAUGGUGCAUUGCGAGGGUUGGAGACAUUCAGCCAGUUGUGUUCUUUUGAUUAUGGAACCAAAUCUGUACAAAUAUACAAAGCACCCUGGUACAUCAAAGACAAACCAAGAUUUGCUUUCCGCGGGCUUCUACUAGAUACAUCGAGGCAUUAUUUUCCAGUGAAUACCAUUAAGCAGAUAAUUGAAUCUAUGUCAUAUGCUAAACUUAAUGUCUUUCAUUGGCACAUCAUAGACGAGGAGUCAUUUCCUCUUGAAGUUCCUACAUAUCCAAAUUUGUGGAAAGGUGCAUAUACAAAGUGGGAACGCUACACAGUUGAGGAUGCCUAUGAAAUUGUCAACUUCGCCAAAAUGAGAGGCAUCAAUGUUAUGGCAGAAGUAGAUGUCCCUGGUCAUGCAGAAUCAUGGGGAGCUGGGUAUCCUGAUCUUUGGCCUUCUGCAACCUGUAGAGAGCCACUUGAUGUUGCAAAAAAUUUUACUUUUGAUGUGAUCUCUGGGAUUCUAUCAGAUAUGAGGAAAAUUUUUCCAUUUGAGCUGUUUCACUUGGGUGGUGAUGAGGUCCAUACAGAUUGCUGGGACUCUACUCCACAUGUGAAGCAGUGGCUUAGGAAUCACAACAUGACUGCUAAGGAAGCAUAUCAAUAUUUUGUACUCAGAGCUCAAGAAAUAGCAAUAUCAAAAAAUUGGACCCCUGUGAACUGGGAAGAAACAUUCAAUGCAUUUGCAGAAAACCUUAAUCCAAAGACGGUGGUGCAUAACUGGUUGGGCUCUGGUGUCUGUCCAAAGGCUGUUGCGAAAGGUUUUAAAUGCAUUUACAGCAAUCAAGGGUUUUGGUAUCUUGACCAUCUAGAUGUCCCUUGGGAUCGUCUCUAUACUGCUGAGCCAUUAGAAGGAAUAAAUGAUUCCACAAAGCAAGAGCUUGUGCUUGGAGGGGAAGUUUGCAUGUGGGGUGAGACUGCUGAUACCUCAAAUGUUCAGCAAACAAUAUGGCCUCGAGCUGCAGCAGCUGCAGAGCGCUUGUGGAGUAGGAGGGAAUCCAUUUCCUCUGGAAAUAUCAACAUAACUGCAUUACCGCGGUUGCAUUACUUCAGAUGCCUAUUGCAUAGGCGUGGGAUUCAAGCUGCUCCGGUCACAAACUUCUAUGCUCGACGUCCUCCAGUUGGUCCCGGAUCAUGCUAUGAACAAUAAUUCUCCGUUGCCCAAUUAGUUAAGUUUUAUGUAUCUAAAGCUGCAUUUCUGCACUCAUGUACAUCAUAAACGCAUUAGCGUUCUGCAAACUUCCGAAUCAUGUUCA